ACUGUAAAAAUAUGGAUGAAUAUUGGCAUAUUUUAUCUUCUCAGAUCAAGAGCGAUAGAGAACCAAUGCUACGUGAUCGCCGCGGCUCAGGUGGGCCAGCACAACCCCAAGCGCCGCUCGUACGGGCACGCGUUGUGCGUGGACCCGUGGGGCGAAGUGCUAGCCGAUUGUGGGGACUCCGCCCCCUGUUACAAAGUGGCGGAGAUAUAGAAACUAUUAGACGUCAGACGAAAUAUGCCUGUGUUUCAACACAGAAGAAGUGAUAUCUACUCCCUGUAUGCCCUCUCGGUGAGGAAGGGCCUCCUUCCCCAGCAUUCCGAAGACAGUGUGAUGCCGGAAACGCCCCCUCUAAUACCGGAAAGCGGACCGUCCAAUGUGUUCGGACACGUACGGAUUCCGGAGAGCUGUGUGUUUUACAAAUCGAAAUUAAGCUAUGCUUUUGUGAAUUUAAGAUGCGUUACCUCAGGCCACGUGCUCGUAGCUCCAAUAAGAAUGGCCGAGAGGAACAAGGACCUUACGGACGAGGAAGCCGAAGACUUCUACAAAACUAUAAGGCUGGUGCAAAAGCUAGUGGAGAAAGUGCACAACACACAAUCCUGUACGAUUACGAUACAAGACGGACCGGACGCGGGACAGACAGUACAGCACCUUCAUUGUCACAUAAUGCCGAGGAAAAAAGGGGACUUCAUUGAAAAUGAUUUGAUAUAUCUCGAAUUAGCGAAACACGACCAGUUCAAAUCCGGUCAUCCAUCGAAGCCAGCUAGAAGUUUAGAAGAAAGGCAAGCGGAAGCGAAGAGUUUGAGGGAAGAAGUACAGAAGAUGAUAGAAGAAGGUAGAUUAUUAAGUAGAUAAAUUAUAGUGGUAUAAUUUAAUGGAAUUAAUGAUUAUAAUUAAAUAAUUGUAAAGUUGACGUAAAAUGCGAAUAUUUAUUUUGACACAAUGUACUUAGGGAGAAAACAAUGGCGCAAUAAUAUUACGUAAAACAUCAUAUUAUUUCAAUAUAGCAAGUUAAGGAUAAAUAAUAAAUAAAUGAUAAUAUAAUUUU